AUGGCGAACUCUGGUUUGCUUUCCCUUCUCUUUCCCUUAUUGCUUGCAGCUCUUGUGCUAAACUGCCAUUGCAAUGAAAGAAAGGUACAUAUUGUGUACAUGGGAGAGCGACCUCAAGGGGAUGUGCCCAUUUCAGACAUGCACCACAGCAUGCUGGAAAAUGCAGUUGGAAGGUUCUCCCUACAAGCCAACUGCUACUACGAAUACUACUUGCAAAAAUGA